CUCUAAACUUGCUCUCUUUCUCUAUUUCGUUUUCUUUUCUUUUCUUUUGCGCUGCCAUUUGAUUAUCCAUUGCUGUUAUUGAAACCUGGUUUUGCUUCAAAUCGUCGCGAAAAGUUGCCCUAAUCAUGGAUCUUAGGCGAGAGGCUUUACUGGGUUUGUUUUUGUUCUCGUUUUGCUUAUCUGUGUCCUGCAAUUUGGUGUUUGAUGUGCAGCAUAAGUUUAAGGGUCGAGAGAGGUCGCUGAAUGCCUUGAGGUCUCAUGAUCUUCGUCGCCAUGGUAGGCUUCUCUCUGUCAUUGAUCUCCAACUGGGUGGCAAUGGACACCCUGCAGAAACAGGGUUAUACUUCGCCAAGAUCGGCCUUGGAACGCCUCCAGUCGAUUUCCACGUGCAAGUGGACACAGGGAGUGACAUUUUAUGGGUGAACUGUAUGGGCUGCAGCAAUUGUCCGAAGGAAAGUGAUAUUGGUGUAGAGUUGCAACUGUAUGAUCCGAAGGGCUCGAGCACUGCAGGCUUGAUUACUUGUGAUGAACCAUUUUGCUUGGCCAUGCACAAAAGUGUGACCGAAGGUUGCAGGCCGGAUGUACCCUGCGAAUAUAAAAUUAUCUAUGGGGAUGGAAGUGCAACGUCUGGAUAUUUUGUGAAGGAUCAUGUUCAACUCCAACGAGUAGUUGGAAAACAUAAAACUACUGCAACUAAUGGCAGUAUAAUAUUUGGGUGUGGAGCUAAACAAUCUGGGGAGCUCGGCACAUCAUCCGAAGCACUCGAUGGAAUACUUGGUUUUGGACAGGCAAAUUCAUCUAUGAUUUCUCAGUUGGCUGCAUCUGGGAAGGUGAAAAAGAUUUUUGCACAUUGCUUGGAUAAUGUAAACGGGGGUGGGAUUUUUGCCAUUGGAGACAUGGUGGCGCCAAGAGUGAAAACCACACCAGUGGUACCUGAUCAGGCUCACUACAAUGUUGUUCUGAUUGGAGUUAAGGUAGGAAGCACCGCUCUUGAUCUUCCUCUCGGACUAUUUGAAUUUUCAUAUAGAAGGGACGCAAUAAUUGACAGUGGCACAACACUUGCUUAUCUUCCUGAGGACAUUUUCCAGCCCUUAGUGAAGAAGAUAUUGGUUGCCCAACCCGAUCUGAAACUACAUACAGUUGAUAAGGACUUUACUUGUUUUCACUUUGAGGAAAGUGUGGACGAGGCAUUUCCAUCAGUGACAUUUGAUUUUGAGGAGUCCCUAAACUUGACUAUUUAUCCUCAUGAAUAUCUCUUUCAGAUUCGUGAUGAUAUAUGGUGCAUUGGGUGGCAGAGUAGUGCGGGUAAUUCCAAAAAUGGAAAGGAAAUCUUUCUCUUUGGAGACUUGGUUCUUCAAAACAGGCUGGUUUACUAUAAUCUUGAGAAUCAGACCAUUGGUUGGACUGACUUCAACUGUUCUAAAGGCAUAAAAUUGGAAGAUGAGAAGUCGGGAAAAGUGUACACAGUGGGAGCCCACCGACUGGCUUCUGCUGCACCCAUUGCACUGAUUGGCAGCCUACUUCCAUGGCUAUUACCCUUCACCCUCCUUUUACUUCAAUAGAUUCUUUCCAUUUUUUAUUUUUAUUUUUUUACCAUAAUUUAUUUAUUUUGCUCUCCCAAAG